AUGGCAUCGGAAUAUAAGUAUGAUGAGGGUUCCGAGACUUGGCCCUAUUUUCUUUUGGCCAUGUUAGUGUUUGGCUUGACGCCGCUCACGAUCUCUUGGUUCAUUGGUGUAGUGUGGCCUAGUGACGCUGUUUCGGGAGGUAAAAAUGUCAAGGGUGCCAUCAAUCACGAUCACAAAUCGUUGGAAUUGCCUUCUGCAUCCAAUAUCGACAGCCUCAAGACACGCCGGAAGUCAGACCGCAUCUUCAACAAGAAACUCUUGGUUCUCAUAAUUGGAUGGGCUGCAGUGGCCUACAUUUGGAUCACUUACGCUAAGGAAGUAAGCUUGCAAGGUCUCUUUGACCCUCACACUAUCUUGGAUCUUCCAUACAAUGCUGACGACAAGACAAUUAAGUCUAAGUACAGAAAGUUAUCAUUGAAAUUCCACCCUGAUAAGAUCAAGAAAGAUCUGACCCAAAAGGAGAAAGAGGAGAUGGAGGCAGCCUUUAUUAGGAUUAAUCUCGCUUACAAGGCUUUGACAGAUGAAGUCACGAAGAAUAACUUGAAAUUGUACGGCCACCCAGAUGGUCCUCAAGAGAUCUCUCAAGGUAUUGCUAUCCCCAAGUUUUUGGUGGAAGGCAAGUACUCUCCUAUCAUGCUUGUGGUUUACUUCUUGUUGAUUGGUGUCAUUUUGCCUUAUGUUGUGGGCAGCUGGUGGUCCAAUGUCAAGUCCCACACCAAGAAGGGCUUGAGAGUGGAUACCGCCACUCUUUUCACCAGAAAGAUGGCCGAUAAGAACCCAGGAAAGGUGUAUACUCCUUUCGAUAUUUUGGAUUGGAUUCUCCAAUCUGAUGAGAUUACUUCUCAGAAUCUGAACUUGUCCGCUGAUCAAAUUAAAAAGUUGGUGCUUGAGUACUUGAACAGAGACUUUUCCGGUGACAACGAAGUUCAAAAAUUGAAGAUCGUUUCCCAGCUCCCGUUCCUAAUCAAUUCAUUCGUUGAAAUUGCCACCGUAUUCAGAACCCCAGAUGUCGUCCAAGCUGCUUAUGACCUUGAAAAGGCUAUUCUUCAGGCUUCUUCUCCAUUGGGAAAGCACAAAGAAUUGUUACAAUUGCCAUACGUUAACAAGAAUGUGGUGGAAGCACAACCAAUCAAGAAGUUAGGUAAGUUGGUAACCUUGUCUGAGGAAGAAGCAUCCAAAGUGUUGGGUAUCGAGGAUCCAAAGAAGGUGAAGGUUGCAUUGGAUGUCGCUAAGCAGAUUCCCUUCAUUCGUAUCUUGGACGCCAGUUUCCGUGUGCCAGGUGAGGACUUCAUUCCUCCUAAUGCCAUGUCUCACUUGGUUGUUAAGUUCUUCAUCAAGUCCCCAGCCUUGAAAUCUUGCGCGGACGUGGAAGAAGAUAAAUUCCUUGAGGAAGAGACUAUUGAAGAUUUGAAGAACCCAUUAAAAUCAAACGAAGAUGCACCAUUAUUACCAUUGUCUUAUGCUCCAUACUUCCCACGUAAGAUUGAGAACUAUUGGGCAGCAUUCAUUGUGAACCAGAGAGACAGCAAAUUUAUCGACGGAACCGAGGUUGUUCAGAUGGAAAGAGUUGACUUGAGCAAUCUUUCUUUGAAGCAAGAGGAGUGGAUUAAGGGUGAAGAAGGUAAUGUCGUCAUGAGCACUUUCAAGAUCAAACUUAACGUCCCAACUCCCCCUACUGCUGCCAACUACCAUUUCAGAUUAAUUAUGAAGAACAACGCAUACUUUGGCGCUGAUGUCGACAUCCCGUUGGAGAUGAAUGUGACCAACCCUCCUAUGAACGUUAAAGCUGUCAAGAAGGCCCUUGGUGAAGAAGAAUCCGAUAGUGAUUCCGAUAGUGAUAUUUCGGACCCCGAAGAGGAUAGUCUUGCUGGUGCAUUGGCUGCCUUGAGAGGUGGUGCUGUUAAAAAGUCUGUCGACGAGGAAGAUGAGGGCUCUGACAAUGAGAGUGUGUUCAGUGACAUAAAUACAGAUACCGAAGACGAAAGUGAGAAAUAA